CUCCAUCUCUAGUUUUUGCCAAACACUGAUUGUGUUACAGUUUGUGUUAGCUCUGGAAAGUGGAAAUGUUUCCGUGUCUGCAGUUUAAGUCAUUUCUGAGCAUGUCGAUAUGACGAUGCCUUUGUGUGUGAAAACUGAAGUGAAAAAGGGUGAUGAGAUGAAGCUUUAUUUGGGGGACUAGUUCUCGUUUCGGUAACUAGCAUUACUAGGAAGAGAUAUAGAGAAUGAAAGAUAAAGGACGAUGAGUGAUUUUAUAUCUAUAGAGUUAUGCUCAGUUUUAAAUUUCUAUUCUGUUUCUCACUGGAAAGUUUUGCAAGUUUAUACUUUGGUCUUACAAGCUGCAAUUAUAAUCCUAGCAUUUUUGGGAGGUAUGUUGGUUCAAGCUAUUUAUAAUCCUCUGCUUUAUACUUCAAGUUUAGAGCUAUAGCUGUUUGGUUUUGUUGUCAAUUUUUGGUUGUAUAUUUAUAUAUUCACUUGGUUGGUACUGCUAUUUUAUUUAGUCUUGCAUGUGUUUGGUUGUGGACAGACUAGGUAUUUGGUUUAGGGUACAAAACCAUGAAUAUGCAGAGAAGUAAUUAGUGGAAGAAUAUCCUGUUGUGAUUUUGGUUUAUCUAAAGCUCUUAUGGCCGUCUAUUUAUCUAUUACCAUUUGAUGUGCUAUCCCAUUUAGCUUUUGGUUCAGUAUGAUACACAAGAAUACAAGAUGUGUGUGUGCGCGUGCGUUUUUUGGGUUCUAUGAGAGGAUUAUUUGUGUCAUCUUGAGAUUGGCAUUCUGUAAGUAAGUGAUUUGGUUGCUUGGCUGAAGAAUAUCUUUUGAUAUUGGAUUCAUCCUUGGUGUCGUGAACAUUCUGCACAACAUGCAUGCAGUAAAGUGUGCAUGGGCUGGGCAAGCAUUUGCAGUUGCUGGUUGCAAUGAUUCUGGAGGAAGGAAGACAAGGAUAAGGCGCUCAAAGGAAGAGAGAAAAUCCAUGGUUGAGACUUUUAUAAAGACAUAUCAGAAAUCAAAUAAUGGAAAUUUUCCUUCACUGAAUCUUACACACAAGGAAGUUGGUGGUUCUUUCUACACAGUACGGGAAAUUGUUCGAGAAAUAAUUCAAGAAAAUAGAAUUUUAGGUCCUGCUACGUUGCCCUCAGAAGAGCUGACUGAUGAACAUCCAUUCUUUUCCCUAUCAGUUGAACCUCAUUCUUCUUUAUCAUCUCCAGAUGCCAUUCCUGUUAUUACAGAUGUUGCACCCAGUCACUACCAGAGUACAAGUGAAGAAAAUGUUUUAGAUUCCAAUGGGCACAUUCAUGGAUUUGAUAAGAACCAGUCAGAUAAUGAACAAAUGUUUGGUGUUAGAAGUGACAUACUUGAACAAGACAGACAUGAACAACCAAAUAUCCCUAGUCAUAAUGAAAUUCUUGAAGAUGAACGGAUUUUGCAUUAUAAUUUGAAAUCCUCUGAAACAGAUGUUGAGAAACUUAAUGAUGAUAAAACUGUUGAGUUCAGUGAUGCAAUAGAGAAAGAUGACAACAUGAGUAAUGACACUUCAAGGAAUCUUUUGCUUCAUCAUCAAGGUGAUGUCGAAGAUAAUAAGAUUUCCUGUUCCUCUGGUAACGUCACUGAAACUGAAGCUCAGAAUGAGAGUUUGUGCAGUGAGGAAAUUGUUGAUGGAAGCAGUCUUACAGUUGAGAGAGUUGAAACACCUCAAGAACCAAUCUAUAUAGAGUCACCAGUAAAGGAAAGUUUGGCAGAUAAUGAAGAUGGGGCAGAAGAACUCAAGGUAUCAAAAGCUGGAGUCACUCGCAAGAUUGCUGAUGUAGUGGUUGAAAAGUUUCCAUUGCGGCCCAUUUCUACGACAUUUUUUGACUCGGAUGAAAAUAUAAGUGAAAUAAAUGGCACUUCACUGGGAGCCAGAAGAGAACAUGACAUUAUAAACUCUUCCAAAAAUCCUUCUCAUUUGAUGAACAAGAAGGUUGACGCAAUACUUGCAGGUCCAACGUUGGAGAUGAGUUCUGAAGUCAUGAACAAGAAAGUCCUGGAAUCAUCAUUGCAAAGUUCAACUUCCUCCACAAAUGAAGCAGCCACUGCUGCUGACUUAAAAGUAAAGGAUUCAUCUGUUGAAACCAAGACUUUUAGUGGUAGUUCCAACAGAUCUUAUGAGAAACUAGUUUCAGAGGAGUCUCUUGCAAUAAAAAAUAUACCUGGUACACAAGAACAUGACAGCAGCCAUCAGAAAGGAAAUAAUCCUCCACUUGAUAGAAUCAAUCUCAGUGAAACAUGGAAAGAGACCAAAGGGACAACCACCAAGCAUGAAUCAAAUCCACUUUUGGCUUUUUUCAAGGCCUUGUUCACUCCCAUUAUGAAACUUUUGGACUGAAGCAUGGCUUUUCCUUUGAACUUGUCCAGAAUAUAGAUAGAUCAUGGCAAUCUCUUCAAGUCCUAUUUUUCAAUGUUUCCUUCUAAAGUUUUGCAUGGAUUGGAUUGAUUUUGAAUGACCUUGUGUGUCCCAUUCACCACUUGCUUUGCUAGCUAGAUAUUGAGGUACUUAGGCUGUGAAUUGUGAUGGAACAUGUUAUUCUUAAAGUAGGAAAAAUAUUUGGAGUUGUGGAUUGAGCUAGUUGCUCUGCAUUUUAUAUUCUUAGGAAUGUGAAUAUGGUAAUAUCAGUUUCCUUAUUUGAUUCAAUGGAAUUUGAGAUUAUUCUUGAGAA